UCAGCCCCCACCCCAGUGGCCCAGGGAAGCCGGCCAGGGUGAGACUUUGUCCUGCCACACAGGGAGCAUGCUUCCAGAUGGGUGAGGGCCUCUGUCUGGACUCUGUGCCAUGAAUCUCUUUCCUUUGCUGAGUAGAAUCCCUGCCCUUUUCUCCUUAUGUUGUCUUUGGUUCACAGCGUGGGAGCUGGACUGGCGUGCAUAGGGCUGCCUUUCCGUUCCUGCGGCCCCGUCCUCUCUGCUGCUCUCGCACCUCUGUGUCCUGGCCGGCACAGAGGGUGCACUCCGGGAGGCUGGGGUAUGCAGCCCGGUCAGGGGGCUGCAGACGGGAGACUGCGCUGUGUGUGUGGCGGGGUGAGGGGGCACUGCCUGUGCCUGGAGCGGUCUUCCGUGGAGAGCAAGGUCUCCACUGACACUUUCUCCUUAAACCAAAAGAACAUUAACUGUCCCUUGGGGAGGGCCUGGGCUACCUGUGCUCCAGCGCCUCCGGGGCCCUGCGGCUGCCUAGGGUUCUUGUGUGUUGGCCUGAUGGUGUGAGUGUCACUGCUGCCUCUGGACCCAGUUCCUCCUCAGCUUCCUGGGGCCCCUUUCACCUGUGCUGGGCUCAGAGGAGCCACACCCUUCCAUGGGACACACCAGCCUGGAGUCAGCACAGAGCCCUGAGUCCUGUGUCCCUGGCCACGGCAGGGACAUGCUGGUAUGGAAACCACGAGGCAAAUGUGUCUGCUGACCAGAGAGCUGCAGGUGCUGCCUCGGACAGGAAGCCUUGCUGUGGCCGCUGGGGCCGUGAUGCCGUGACCCGCAGAGCUGGUCCUGCCCCUGCCACCCAGACAGGUCUUCUCUCAAUGGCCUGUGGCAGCAACUUCCUCCCAGAGAGCAUAUCUGCUGGAAUCCAAUGGCUGCAGCAGGUUCCAGCAAGGUACAGGGAGAAGGAGUCCCUGUCGGCACAGAAGCAUUUUGUCACCACAGGCAGGACUGAUGCAGAGACCGAGUGCAGCCAGGAGGCUCCAGGUUCCAGGAGAAGCCUUGGGCCUCCCAGCCUGAGCAGGCUCUUGGCCAGAUCUUCAGGGGGCUGCAGGAGCAGCAUGGGCCUGUGCCAACAAAAGCCCUCACUACCUGCCUGAAUCUGCAUGGCACCGGCCAGCAGGACGCGGCUGAGGUGUUUCUGCUUCUGCUCCAGCGCCUGGGCCAGGAUGACUUGCAGGAGGUGUUCCAGAGUGAGGCGGAGAAAAUCAUCCAGUGCUGGGUGUGCGGCUACAAGGAGUGCAUCCCAUCGGGAGGCAGGAUGCUGAUCCUGCCCCCGGCUUCCCACACCCAGCUCUGUGGCUUGGAGGGGGCUGGGCAGGAACCUGGCAAGCCAGCCAAUCCAUCUAGUGGAGUUGCCCAGGGAAACAGGGAUCCUUAGAUAAAAGGCUGACUCCAGAGACAAGCCCAGAGACAAGGUGAGCCUGGAGAGUGAGGGAUGAGACAUAUCAGAGGACACUGGCAGCAACUUGAAAUGAACCAAAUUUGGGACAAAGUGAGCAUCAAAAAGAAUAAGGAAUAUUGGAUUUUAACACUGAAUUUAAAAUAUUUGUAAAUCCAAAGUAUUACUAAACAAGGAGAAUGAAGCAUCAUCUCUACAGGAAAUGAAGUGGUAAGUGGAGAAGGAAAAACCCUGAUGUAAUGCUAGCCCACCACGGUGUUCACAAGGUACCUGAACCACUGGGUAAAAGGCUUAGCAGAACACGAUGUUUGUGUGAUCACAAUGUGUCACUCCAGAUUUCUUAAAGAUUAUAAAGGGGGAAAGGUUCCUUUACAGGUGGACAUGUCUGGUGGACACCACCUGCAUCAUUUGAUCAAACAGUGUCACCAGUAAUGGGGCAAAGUGAUACUAUGUCACAUUACCUUGCUGCAUUGAAGAUUCUCUCCUUGUCUUUUGAAAGUUUAAUUAUAAUGUGUCUUGGGAUGAUCUCUUUGAGUUUUUCUUACUUGGAGUUUGUUGAGCUUCUUGGAUUUGUAGAUUCAUAUCUUGCAUUACAUUUGGAAAGUUUUCAGGCAUUAGUUCUUCAAAUAUUCUCCUUUCCCCUUCCUCUCUCACUUCUCCUUCUGGAACUCCCACAAUGCAUAUGUUUGUCCACUUGAUGGUGUCUCACUAAUCCCUUAUGCUUUGUUCACUUUUGUAGGGACCAGCCCUACAGGGUCUGUGGGUUUUUCUCUCUGUGUGUGGAGACAAGAGAUUGUAGAAAUAAAGACACAAGACAAAGAGAUAGAAGAAAAGACAGCAGGGCCUGGGGGACCACUACGACCAAGACGCAGAGACCAGUAGUGACCCCGAAUGCCAGGCUGCACUGUUAUUUAUUGGAUACAAGACAAGGGGGCAGGGUAAGGAGUGUGAGCCAUCUUCAGUGAUAGGUAAGGUCACGUGGGUUAUGUGUCCACUGGACAGGGGCCCUUCCCUGUUUGGCAGCCGAGGCAGAGAGAGAGAGAUUGAGGAGACAGCUUACGCAAUUAUUUCUGCAUUUCAGAGACUUUUAGUACUUUCACUAAUUCUGCUACUGAUAUCUAGAAGGCAGAGCCAGGUGUACAGGAUGGAACAUGAAAGGGGACCAGGAGUGUGACCGCUGAAGCACAGCAUCACAGGGAGACGGUUAGGUCUCCGGAUAACUGUGGGUGGGCCUGACUGAUGUCAGGCCCUCCACAAGAGGUGGUGGAGUAGAGUCUUCUCUAACUCCCCCAGGGAAAGGGAGACUCCCUUUCCAGGUCUGCUAAGUAGCAGGUGGUUUUCCUAGGCACUGACGCUACCACUAGACCAAGGUCCGCUAGGUAACGGGCGUCUUCCCAGAUGCUGGCGUCACCGCUAUACCAAGGAGCCCUCUAGUAGCCCUGUCUGGGCGUAACAGAAGGCUCACACUCUUGUCUUUUGGUCACUUCUCACCAUGUCUCCUCAGCUCCUAUUUCUGUAUGGCCUGGUGUUUCCUAGGUUAUGAUUGUAGAGCGAGGAUUAUUAUAAUAUUGGAAUAAAGAGUAAUUGCUACAAACUAAUGAUUAAUAAUGUUCAUUUAUAAUCAUAUCUAUGAUCUAUAUCUAGUAUAACUAUUCUGAUUUUAUAUAUUUUGUUUAUUAUACUGGAACAGCUCGUGUCCUCAGUCUCUUGCCUCGGCACCUGGGUGGCUUGCUGCUCACACACUUUUCUUUCAUUUUUUUUUCCUUUCUGAUGCUCAGACUCAAGUAAUAAAUUUCCAUCAAGUAAUAAAAUCCCAUUUUUCUAUCUUCCAGUUCACUGCUACUUCUGCCUGCUCAAAUCUGCCUUUGAAUCCCUCUAGGAAAAAUUUCCUUUCAGUUAUUAUACUAUUCAGCUCCAGAAGUGAUUUUCUUUUAGGAUUUUUAUCUUUCUUGAUAUAUCCAUUUUGUUCAUACACAGUUUAUUGAUUUUUCUCCACCUCUUCCUUUAGUUCUUUGAGCAUCUUUAAGACAGAGUUUUAAAGUAUUUAUCUGGUAGAUCUGUCAUCAGGUCUUUUGCAGGGACAGCUUUUGUUGAUUUUUUUCCCUUUGAAUGGGCCAUAGUUUUCUGUUUAUUUGUAUGCCUUGUGAUUUUGUUGUUGUUGAAAGUUGGACAUUUGAAUCUAAUAAUGUAGUAAUUCUGGAAGUUAGAUUCUCCUCCUUUAACCAGGCUUGCUGUUUUCCUUAUUGUUUUUGUUUAUUGUUUUCUUUUUUUAUUUUAUUUUUGCAGUCUGUCUCUGUGCUGAGGAACAGCUUGAGGUGUAAACUUCAGGUCUGUCCAGAGCCUGUGCCUUUCCCAUGCACACUCACUUUCUCAUUUUCCUCAUAUAUGCAGUUGCUUUUCAAUGUCCUAAUCUUUAAUAUCUGGCUCCCAAAAGGGGAAAAAUAGAAAAAUGAAAGGGAGAAGAGCUGGCCCUUUAAAUCCCCCAGAAGUCACUUCAGCCAGUUGGGGAAGGGCUUGCAAGAAUGGGGAGAGGUGCAACCACAGUGGCCAUAUACCUUUCUGUUUGCACCUCCUUGAUCAGAAUGAACAGUAAUGGACAAUCCUUCAAGUUUGGAGGACAGGGCCCUUACUGCCCACCCUGUGUCCGGCAAGCUCCAGGUUGCUCCAGGAGCACAGGCACACUCGCUGCCCCAGGGCUGAGGAUGAGGGAUGGGUAGCUGCUACUGGCUAAGAGCUGGAAUUGAUUGAAAUUAACCAUAAUUUCCAUCUGAGCCUUCCCCUGGAAGUUGCAAGCCUUUGAUAGACUCCAGAGUUCCAAACAGUCACCCAGCGCAGAUUCUGCGGUGAGGUGUCUAGGAGCGGAGUCGGCCUCUGGGUGCUUUCCGCUCUCCCAUUCUCCCAGAAGCUCUCAGUGUAGCCUCAUGUUGGAGCUAGAAUUUCUCCCAGGCAUUGUCAGGUCAAGCAAUGUUCAUUAGCUGCUUUUACUUCUUACUUCACAACUACAUUGUUCCUGUCCCAUAUUUCAAGUCAUCCAUUUUUCUUAUGGAUUUAUCAGAUACUUCUUUAUAACAUGGAAAAUGACUCUUUGUUACCAUUUCCCCGUUCUGUCAUAAAGGAGGAAGUUUAUUCAUUAGCAAAAGGUAGCAUAUUCAAUAAACAACAUUGGGACAGUCAUUUAUUACUUGGAGAAAAAGUAAGUUAGACGCUCACUUCACACCAUGUAUCAAAAGGAAAUCUAGCUAGAUUAAAGUAUGAGAUAGAUAUACAAAGAAGGGAAGAAAUCACAAAGAAAGUCAACAGGAGAGAAGCAAUGAAAAUAUUACUUUUUCUCAGAAUGAGAGAAGAGCAUUAAACAACAAAAGCAAUAGCAUCAACUGGUAUAUUUGACAAUGUAAAAGUAAGAUCACGUUGUACUCCCUGCCCUGAGAAGGGCUGGCGUGGGCGGUGGGAUAGGGGUCUGGUCACCCCACCUCCCGGGCCCUGCCUGGGCUGAGGCCCUCCCUGCCCUCUGCUGAGCAGGCCUGCUUCUCAGUCCCAGAACGCUGGAACAAACGGGCCUUUGAAACACUGACCAAAUGCCAGUGGGAGGCGGCUCAGGGUGUGGGUGACUGACCCUCGGACACAGCCGCAGGUCUCACCUCCAGCACAGCAGAGGUGUCUUUGUUUCCGGCCCCACACUUUGGAUUCUGGGUCUGCACAGGCCUGCAUGCAGUUGCAGGCAUUUGAUGAGCAGGGCAGGGUCCUGGGAUCCACCCAUCACUGGGGAGGGGGCUCCGGAAAGGACUGGGGAGGCCCGCACUGAGCCAAGCCCAGUGUCCCUGCCCUCCCAGCAUCCACCUGCCUGGGAGGAAGGCUGGUCCUGCCAAGACCCUGCCUUGGCUGUAGCCUGAAAUCCACCCUAGAGCAAGGCAUAGGCAGUGGAAAACAAGGGGUAGGAAAGGGUCCAGGGACCUGGGUGUCCACCUGUGUCAUGGCAGAUUCCCCAGAGACUCUCAGCCUCUUCACUUCUUCUAUAGGACACAGAAGUGCUGAGUUUCUCUCAAAUCCAGAAUUUUGAUGAUGAAGACAAUCGGUUCUUCUGUGAGCCCUGUAAUGCCAAGACCCCAGCCUCUGAGGAGCAGAGAGUCUACCACCUACCUCUACGCCAUGUGCUGCCACUCGGGAGACUGCAGCGGGGGCCAUUACACAGCCCUGGUCCAGCCCCCCGGCAGGGUGGAGUGGUUCCGCUUCAAUGACCAGCAGCUGCACCGUGUGAGGCUGGAAUUUCCCCUGCACCACAUGUUCGGGUCUGAGACCCCAUACCUACUGCUGUAUCGCUGUGAGGACACUGGAGACAGGAGCGUCCCCGUCUGGUCCCGUGGGUGGCAGGAGCCAGAGGCACCUGGGCCUGACAAUGGGGAUAUGAGAACCAUGACAGAUGUAGCUCUUCCGAAGGAGAAGGUGCCUUGCCCAAGAGUGGAGGGAGAGACCCUCAAGACAGACUCUGCUACAGUCUGCUGGGGAGGACACAGCCAGAGCCUCUCUCCUCUCCAGGAUGAUGAGCCCAUCUGCCAUGGACAGAGCCCUGCCAAGAAGGUCAGGGACGUGGAGCCUGGCCACGGGGACAGGGGCAGAGUCUCAGAGCACGUGGACGAGGAGGGCCCUAAAGUGCCUCCGCCAGGGGAGCAGGGGGAGGCCCUAGACCUGCCCUGCGGCCCCCAGUGUAGCCCGGAAGAGGAGCUCCCCGCUGUGGGAAUGAGGAGCUCGGCAGCUGAGGACCAAGCCCUGUCCCACCCAGUGCAGGGCCCGGCACAGCCCAGAAACACAUGCCUCCGGAGUAAAGACGGAGGAGCGGAGGCUGCCAGGGAAGGAGUCCGGCUGCCAGAGACAGAGAAGCAGAGGCCGUGACCUCCAGAGAAGGAGUGGAGGUUGCCAAAAGAAGGGAACCAGCUCCUCAGAGAUGGAGGAUUGGAGGCUGUGACCUCCAGAGAAGGAGGAGGGGAGACUGUGACUGCCAGAGAAGGGGGUUGGCUCUUCAGAGACAGAGGAGUGGAGGCUGGGACUGACUGAGAAAGAGAAGGGGAGGCUGUGGCUGCCAGAGAAGGAGAAGGGGAGGCUGCGCCUGCCAGAGAAGGAGAAGGGGAGGCUCUGGCCACCAGAGA